AUGUCUCAAUCAAGAGAAUCUUCAACACUUCAUGAUGCAGAACGAGAACAAUUCUUAAAUUCAAAAUCUUCCUCAAGAAUUGCUUUAACCGUUGUUGAUUCUGGAGUAGUUGAUGAGAAUGAAGACUCAUUUUACGAAGGUGAACGAAGAACGGGCUUAGAUUCAGUAAUUGCAAAUAUCGGAUUUGGAAAAUUUCAAAAGCAAUUAUUGGUGUCAAAUUCGGUAAUUGGCUUUCUAUCUAGUUCCGUGACUUUUGGUAUGAUGUUCGGUGCAUUAUUUUGGGGUGUCUUUUCUGAUUCUUAUGGACGUAAACAAGCUUUCAAUUGGACUUUGGCGGUGACUGCUUUUUUUGGUAUAUUUUCAAGCUUUGCGCAGAGUUUUACCCAAUUAUGCUUUUUACUCUUUUUUUUGGGGUUUGGUGUUGGUGGAAAUUUACCGGUAGAUGGUACAAUUUUCUUGGAAUUCGUCCCCAAAAACCAGCAGCAUCUUCUUACAUUUAUGUCUAUAUUUUGGCCAUUUGGAGGUGUUAUUACCUCUAUAGCUGCAUAUAUGAUAUUGCCUCAAAAUAGUUGUCCUGAAAUUGAUGUUAUUUCCUCUACCUGUGAUAUUUCAAAAAAUAACGGAUGGAGAUAUUUGUUGGGUACUUUAGGAGGUUUGACAUUUAUUAUGCUUAUAGGUCGUGUGCUUUUCUUUGGCCUUAAAGAAUCUCCAAAAUUUCUUAUGGCACGUAACAGACAUCAUGAUGCUGUAAUAAUUUUACGUGAUAUAGCCCAAAUUAAUGGUCGUGACAUUUCAAUUGAAGCUAGUGAUCUAAUAGUAUCUGAUGAAUCUCCUCGCAGAGUAUCCAUAUCAAUGACAUACCCACCUGCCACUAUACUCUCUGAUAAACAUUAUCAAUACAAAGACUUUUUAGUUGAUCCUAUACAUUUUAUAAAAUGUCGUAUUGCAACAAAACGUCAUGAUAUGGCUCCUCUUUUUACACCCAAAUGGAUUAAAACGACUAUUCUCGUAUGGAUGAUAUGGUCUAUAGUAUCAAUGGCAUUUGUAAUGUUCAACGUGUUUCUUCCAAAAUAUCUUGAAGCGUUGGCAAUGGGUAAUGAGUCUGAUAAUUCGGAUGUGUUAACUCAAGUUUUGAAAGAUAUACUUAUAUAUUCUGCUUGGGGAAUACCGGGUUCUUUAAUUGGGACUUGGUUAAUUGAUACACCGCUUGGUAGAAGAUAUACAAUGGCAGCUGGUGCUUUCGGCACAUCUCUUGCCGUUUUCUUGUUUUCCGUUCUUACAACAAGAAUUGGAACAAUUAUAUGUUGUUCAUCUAUUAGCUUAUUCACUACUAUUAAAUAUGCGGUUAUCUACGGAUAUACUGCUGAAGUAUUUGAAACAAAAGUCAGGGGUACUGCAAAUGGGAUUGCUUCUGCAUGUGCAAGGAUGUGA